AUGUUGAUUAAUUACCGUCUUCAUGAUUAUGAAAAUAUUUAUUUACCAAUUGAUUUGAGUAAUAUAACGGCACUUAAUGCAAACGAUAUUAUCACAUUUAGACCUGAAGAUAGAUUAGAAGAUCUCAAGGUUGCCGCAUUCGUUAAUCAAUGGACAUAUAUAGGAAAUUAUACAUUGUACUAUACUCAAUGUCAACCAGAUAUAUGUACUUAUACAAUAGAUAAUGAAUUACCUUCUUUUGCUCGUAUUAACUUAGUUCUUGGUCUGAUUGGAGGAUUAAGUGUUUUACUUCGUCUCUUAGUUCCAUCAUUCAUCAAAAUUAUCUAUCUAAUUUAUAAUUUGUGCUAUAAGCAAACACGAGGGAUUAUGCUUGGAUGUUCAUUAAUGAGUGGUCUUUUACAGUCGACAUUUGAAUGUUUCUAUGAUGAUUAUUGUGUUUAUAAAUUAAAUACAGUUUUGGGUACUUCAUUCAUUAAAUUUAAUUCUAGUGCAGCGAAUUUUCCACCAACGACACCAAUUAAAUCUGUUAUGGAUGAGUAUCUUCCAGUCUCAUACAAUUUAACAGCUAAUUAUGCUACAUACUUUCAAAUAUGUGCUCCAUCAACAUGUCAAUAUCAUUAUAUGGAACAGCAUAAUUUUAUUUACAUAUUCACAUCACUGCUUGGAUUGUAUGGUGGAUUAGCUGCAGGUCUACACAUUUUCAUAUGGCAAUUGUUGGGUAUUGGCCAAGUCAUUCUUCAGUUUUAUUCACGUUUGUUGCAACGCAUACAUCCGUCGUCCUAA